ACAAGAUGUAGAUUUUGUCUAACAGACGGCCAGGUCAGCAUGAAACCCACGUGUCUUACAGAUUAGAAACGGGCAUAGCUGAGUCUCUCUCUCGCCUGGCGGUUGCUGUAUCAUUGAUUUAAUGCUGAAUGAACGCUGACUCUUGAGCGAGGAUGCGAACCACGAGCAUCACAUGAGAUCGCGGUGAUGUGUCUGGUGCUAAUAUUUGGAGGCAGCAUUUAACUCCGUUUCCAGAGCAGACUAUUUUUAAACUUAACGUUUCUGUUGGAUGCAAUGUCCUAUCUGAACAACCGGGGAAGAGAGCUCGAGCGUUUUGAUGGACUUUCGCUCAUUUACUGGACACUGAUGGGUCCGCAUGGAGUAGAUCGAGCAGUGCAUUCCAUGGAGUUUACAGAUUGUGAGAAUGGAUUAGGAAUCAAAGUGAUCGGUGGUGUGAAAGAACUAACAGGAGAGGAAUAUGGCGUUUAUGUGAAGAGGAUCUUACCUGGUGGCCUUGCUUCCAGUGAUGGAAACCUGCAGCCUGGAGACCAGAUCUUAGAGGUGAAUGGUGAAAGCUUGAUUGGCGUGACAAGUGAACGAGCGGUGGACAUUCUUAGAGCAGCAUCCUCAACCAAUCACAUGCGCCUUCUCAUAGCCAGAGAUGAGGAAGCCAGGCAAGAAUUUGCAGAGCUCCUUGAAAAAUACGGCUCAAAUGGCAGCACAGGAUCUACCAGGAAUUCACCUAUUCAGCAUACAGGCAGAUACUUGGAAAGCACAUCAUCAGGGUCUUCAUCCAGUUCUCAAAGUCCUCUGUUGCUUAGUCCUGCUGGCUCUCAGAGUAACUACAACAACACAGGACCCUUGCUACGCUCCCUAAGUCACCCAGGUGAAGGGGUGAUUCAGCUGAUAUCAGUCGCUCGCUCCUGCAGUCUGGGUAUUACCAUUGGCGGUGGCUCCAACAGACCUGAUGGCCCUGCAGUUUUCAUCCAGGAAGUGCUGUCUGGAGGAGAUUGUCAUCGGGAUGGACGGCUCAGACCCGGAGAUCAGCUUAUUGCCAUUAACAAGGAGUCAUUGAUAGGAGUCACAUAUGAGGAGGCCAAAAGUGUGGUCAACAAAGUCAAAUUCAGUCAAGAACCAGUGGUGGAUAUUGCCUUCAUCCCAGGAAAAGGACCUUUCUCCAACAGCCCAUCAUUGCAUAAUGGAGUUCAGAGGGGGGUUUGGAACGGAUGCAACUCCAGCCGGUUAAAGGUUCAUGUCCGAUCUCCUGAGAUGCGACGAGAGGAAACAGCUCCAGUGCUUUCAUCCUCCCUGGAUAUCUGCCCUCCAGAGAUACAGGUUUCAGCUACAUGUCACCAAGCCUCCACCGCACAGAGACAAGCCACUGUUUCCAAACCCAAGAUCUCGCUGGACCCCCACAUACGGCUCAAAUCAGAGAAGCUCAAUCUGGCUCUGUCGUACCUGGGUUUGGAUGUAACAGAUGAGAAGAGACGGCAGCUCAGAGAGAGUCUCACUACAGACCCUCAGGGAACGGUGUCGUAUGGAGACUUUGUGGAAGCCAUCCGCAGCGUUUAUCAGGAGAAGCUGGAAGAGGUGGGACUGGGACAGGGUCCCUUCAUGUUCUCCUAUCAGGAAGCAGCUAGUUUGAUGGACACCUCUGCCUUUCAUUCCUCAACCUGUGAGUCAGAGUGCAGCUACAGCAGUGAGGAACUAGAGGAGUUUCAGACUGAAGUCAAACAACUUCAGCUGCAAAUGAAACAACUUAAGGUGUUACUGAAAGACACAGAAGACAGUAAGAAGACUCUGGAGGAGGAACUGCAGAAGACGGCUGAGAAGGCCACAGCCACAGUGGAGGAGAACAAGUCUCUGAAAAGUAAGCUGCAGGUAGCAGAGGCUGUUCAGAGACAGACCAACAGUGCUGAUCAAGACUAUGAGGAGGUCAUUCAUCUCCUGGAGGCUGAAAUCAAAGAUCUGAAGAACCAGCUAGCUGGAAAGAAACAAGGAGGCCUGGAGGCUACUAAGGAGAAUGUGAUGGAGCUGAACAGGAGGCUCGCCAUCAUUGAUAGCCAGUUGAGAAGGUCUGAACUCACACGGAAACACCUGGAGAUAUCCAACAAGAAGCUCCUUGGCUUUGCACAGAAUGUCCACAAAGUUCUCACCAAUGCCAGCUUAUUUGGGAUUGAAAGUGGGUGCGCACAAGUGUCUCCAGUGACUGACAGACCCGAUACACCCUCCCCGAUCCCAGACCCCGCCUGCCAGCUCGCAGCAGAGGCCAAAGAGCUCGUAGAUGUUGUCUGCUCACUUUGCACUGAGGACCACAAAUUACCGCAGUAUGUAAAGGGAAGCAUUGUGAAGGCUGAAGAGGACUGUGAUUCAGACCUCACUCAAUGGCCACAGCCUCCUGUCCUCGGGUCUCCUGCAGUAGAGCGGCGAGGUCAGUAGAGCAUCUGGGAUGGACAGACAAACCGGGCUCAUUCAGAAUUUCAAGGUCCAACUGCAUCUAUACUGUGGAACAUAAGAGACUGUGAAGAUUUGCAGUGUGGUUUGUACUCUUUCAAGUGGUUACCAGAGGCCUGAGCUCUUCUGAUCAAACUCAUACUCAUUUUUUAAAGCUGUCCAUGUACAUAUUUAACAUGUAGCAGAACUCAGUGUCAUAACAUAAAGGCAGAAACCAACCCAGGGAAUGGAAAUCCGAAACACAAAUGGCACCCUUAACAGCAGCGGUGACUUUGAAAUGCUCAAAUAUGAUUUCAACUGUGUCAGCAUGUGCCGUGUGUAACAUUUAUAGCAGAUGAAGCGGUUACCACACACAGUUAUGAAGAUGAUCUCAUUCAGAUGGUAUAUUUCCCCAUUUCAACAACUGUAAUGAAAACACAUGUGGCUGUGCAGCUGACCUCUCUAGUAGAGUUAGGUAUAUUAUACAGUACAUGUAUUAGAUUUCACUUAGGGAUCUCCGGGAGUGUCUCCACUCUUCAUCAUUUGAUAUGAUGCUUAUUUGUAUCUGUUCUGAAAGUGCUAUGACGUUUUGAAGAUUUUAUAUUUUCAGCCCGAAUCUUUUAUUAUGCAGAGAUACAUAGACACGCUCGCUUCUAAGUAUGUGCGCGGUUGCCGUCAUAAACCUGGUAAAUCUGGUAAUGGGAGUCAUAUUGCAGUGUUCCUCCCUGAAUGCAUCCAUUCAGCUGAACAAUGCACAUGGAUCGGGUUACUGUUUUCAUAAGCACACUGUAUUCUGUUUUGUCUUGCCGUAUAGGAUCUACAGCCACUUAUAUCAAUGUGUAAUAAACUGGUAUCAUUCAUUUCCAGAGGAUAUAGGCGUACAGUUAUGCAGAUGGUUUGUUGAUAUUAAUAACAGCACAUGCUGUACAAAUGCUGACAUGUAGUCCUGUGAUUCAAUUAGAUUGCAUCAUAUGUGUGGCCUAAAUAUCUUUCUUUGAAUGUUUUUAUUAAAGUCUGAACAAAUGUGUGAUGUUUUUGUGUAU